AUGCCUGAGCCGUCAAAGCCAGCGCCCAAGAAGGGCUCCAAGAAAGCUGUCAACAAGUCCGUCAAUAAGGCGGGCAAGAAGAGAAAGAGGGCAAGGAAGCAGAGCUACGCCAUCUACGUGUACAAGGUGCUGAAACAAGUCCACCCAGACACCGGGAUUUCCUCCAAGGCCAUGAGUAUCAUGAAUUCGUUCGUCAACGAUAUCUUCGAGCGCAUCGCAUCUGAGGCCUCUCGCCUGGCACUCUACAACAAACGCUCCACCAUCACCUCCCGGGAGAUCCAGACCGCUGUCCGCCUUCUGUUGCCCGGGGAGCUGGCCAAGCACGCCGUGUCUGAGGGCACCAAGGCCGUCACCAAGUACACCAGCUCCAAGUAA